GGUCCCAGAGUAGUUUUUAUGCCUCUGCUUUCAUUCACUGGUUGCUCAGUGGCCCUUGAUCAGCCUCGAUUUAACUGCUGCCCGGCUGGCUAACAGGUGGUGCUUUGAGGAAUCAGCACUGUUGCAACAGCCAGCACCAUGUGGAGGAGGCUCCAGACUGCAACGCUGCUCCUCAUCCUCUGCUCCGGGAGCCUGGAGGCCUGGUUCUGGAGAAGCACGGAUGAAGAAACAAAGACAGAAGCGGUUACGUUUGAUGCUACCACUUUAACCACUCACACUGUAGCAAUGAUCACCAGUACAAAGCAGGUGGAGGAAGGUGCUACUACUACUACUACCAGCAGUGUAAUGAUGGAGGAGGAAGGUUCUACUAAGACUGCCGCUGGUGCAAAGGUGAAGGAAGAAGAGGAGGAUGACAACUUGUCCGGGGUUGGGGAAGAAAUCAUCAGCGUGGCCACAGGCAUCCGUAAGUUUGUCGAGGCGUGGGAUGCGACCACGACCACCUGGACUGUUAGUGCCGGCCUGACGGAGAAGACGGAGAAGUCUGACGUGACGAUGAAGCCAGGCAGGUUCUCGGGGGAGAGGGUGGAGGAAGGGUCUGGGGUUGGGGAAGGGGGUGGAUUUGAGUCAGACGUGACGAUUAGAGGUGGCAUUUCUAAAUUGAAUGGCCCACCCUGUCUCCCCGCGCCCUCUGAUUGGCCCGUUUGCAGACAGCCACGCCUUUUCUCGUUGCCCAACUUUUUCAACCACACCUCAGUGGAGGAGGUGGGGGCGGUCCUACAGGAGUGGGCGUGGCUCACAAAAGCAGAAUGUCACCACAGCGCAGAGCUAUUCCUCUGCCUCCUCCUGACUCCCAGGUGUCCAUCCCCCGUCUCUUACCUGCCCUGCCGCAGCUUCUGCCACACACUGCAAGACAGCUGCUGGGCGUUCCUGGAAAACGGGCGUCUCCCAGUGGAGUGUGACCUCCUGCCUGAAAGAGCUCAUGAGCCCGGGCGUCCGGUGUGCGUGUCAGUUAGUAACUGGAAAGAAGUGAGCGGCAUCUCUUUACUCCAGCUGAUUGGAGAACCUCCACUACAAGAGUUCACCACCACCUAUGGGCCAAAUGGGGAGCCUGCCUAUCGGUUCACUCCUUCAGUGGUCCCGGGCCAGCGAGCUCUGGUCCAUGUUCCCAGCCCUUUCUACCGCCACUUCUCCCUCCUCUUCCAUGUCAAGCCCUCCACUCCUGCCGCCUCCAUCCUUUUCUCCAUCACAGAUGCCACCCAGAAGCUCAUGUAUGUCGCCGUCAAGCUCAGCGCAGUGAAGGCUGGCCGUCAGAAGGUUCAGUUUUUCUACACCGAGCCCGACUCUGAGGCUUCGUACGAGGCUGCCAGCUUUGAAGUGCCGAGCAUGGUGGACACCUGGAGUCGCUUCUCGCUGUCAGUCAUGGAGGAGCAGGUGGCCUUCUACCAUGGCUGCGACUCUGAGCCACAGGUGGUGAAGUUUGAGCGCUCGCCGGAUCCCAUGGAUCUCGACCCUGCAUCAGUACUCUUUGUGGGUCACGCGGGAAGAGCUGACAAUGGCAAGUUCCUGGGUGACAUGGCAGACCUGAGACUGGUGGGAAACCCUCGGUCAGCUGAGCGUUUAUGCGACUAUGAGGACGACUCUGACACUGGCUCUGGUGACUAUGGCAGUGGCGACGGCGAGAGGAGGCAGAUGGGAGGCAGCGUGAAGACCACCCCUCCACCUUUCCGUCCACUGGCUGAACCUCCGCUGAUUUCCUCACACAUGAACACACUCGCACAAACAGGUACAAUCGGUACUAAAGGUGAAAAAGGAGACAGAGGAGAGAAAGGCUCAAAGGGGGACCAGGGCCCUGUAGGAGCGAAGGGAGAUUCAGGUGUCAGCUCUGGCUCUGGUUUCUCUGCACAGGGUGGAGUCCAAGGACAGAAGGGUGAAAAAGGUGAAAAGGGUGAUCUUGGCAAAGGCUACACUGGUAAAAAAGGAGAUCGCGGGGCUCAGGGGCCUCCCGGACCGCCUGGUCCUACAGGACCUGCAGCUGAGGUGGUCCGACUUGGGGAUGGCUCUAUUGUGCAGCAGCUGGCCGGACCCCCUGGACCACCAGGACCGCCAGGGUUGGAUGGGCCUGCAGGACCUCCAGGAGCUGAUGGGGAGCCGGGUGAUCCAGGAGAGGAUGGAAGAGCUGGUCCUCCUGGGCUGCAGGGUGUUCCAGGAAUUCCAGGAGUUCCUGGUGCCAAAGGCGAAAAGGGUGAACGUGGCGAGGGUCAGCCUGGACCCAGACCUCCUGGGAUCCCUGGUACUUCAGUGGCAGUGGGCCUUGAUGGUCCAAUAGCUGUUGGACCUCCUGGACCACCUGGGCAAGAUGGUGCUCCGGGAUUGCCAGGACCCCCUGGUCCUCCUGGUCUACCCGGUCCACCUGGACCUGCAGGAGGAAAGGGUGACAGUGGUGACCUCGGUCUUCCAGGAGCAGCUGGAGAAAAGCAAGAUGCACAAGGCUCCAGCUUUUUCACCGGCUUGUUCUCUUACUUUACUCCAUCCUCUACGGGCUCUCAGGGUGAACCAGGACAGGUGGGGACAUCAGGACAGACUGGCCUGGCAGGGCUUCCAGGUCCAAUGGGACCAGUGGGACCACCAGGGCCCCCCGGACCACCUGGGCCACCGUAUCGCAUUGGCUAUGGUGAUCAAGAUGGAUAUGAGGUACUCAGUGGUUUGCCUGGACUCAGAGGCGAACCUGGACCCCAGGGCCCACCUGGUGUUGCAGGUUAUCCUGGAAAUCCGGGUUUACCAGGAACACCUGGUAGCAAAGGAGCAGAAGGACCACGAGGACCUCCUGGGAUCCCUGGCCUGGAUGGUUCAACUGGAGGAAAAGGUCCAAAGGGAGACAGCGGCGAGAAAGGAGAGAGGGGUUUGCCAGGAAGAGAUGGUGGACCACCUGGACCUCCAGGCCCUCCUGGACCUCCAGGACAGAUCAUCUACCAGCCAGGAGGAGAUUAUAACGACCUUUAUUGGAAUGAAGCAGGGCAGGUUGGACCAGGUAUUCCAGGCAGGGCAGGAUUCCCAGGCCCAAUGGGACCAAAAGGGGAAAAAGGGAACCCAGGGCCACCAGGAUAUGCACCUAAGGGAGAAAAAGGAGAGCCUGGUGUCAUCACGGGGCCUGAUGGGAGACCUCUAUUCCUGGGAGGCUUGACUGGACAGCCGGGUGAGAGAGGAAGUCCUGGCCCAAUGGGAUUUCCAGGUCCACAAGGUCCUCAAGGCCAGAAGGGGGAGAUUGGUUUUCCUGGCCGAUCGGGUCGACCAGGACUAAACGGUGCCAAAGGAGAGAAGGGAGAUGCGGGCAGUGGAUCUGGAUAUGGAUACCCUGGACCACCAGGCCCACCAGGGCCCCCUGGGCUUCCCGGACCUCCUGUUCCUAUUGACAGACUCGGAGGAUAUGAUUACUCCAGGUAUUACGCUGUUAAAGGAGAGAAAGGAGAUCGGGGACCACCAGGUUUUGGAUCAAACAUUGACAUUUACAGUUUAAAGAAUGAGCUGAAAGGUGAAAGUGGUGUGAAAGGAGAGAAAGGAGAGCCAGGCGGAGGAUAUUAUGACCCCCGGUAUGGAGGAAGCGGAGUCGGAGCCCCGGGAGUGCCUGGACCUCCAGGCCCUAAAGGAGACUCCAUUAUUGGCCCACCAGGCCCCCAGGGGCCACCUGGACCACCUGGAAGAGGGUAUGAUGGACCACCUGGACCACCAGGGCCACCUGGACCUCCAGGAGCAUCACUGGAUGGAUCUUACAGAGGCACACAGACUAUCAGUAUUCCUGGACCACCAGGACCUCCUGGACCUCCUGGAGUGCCUGGUGUCACCUCUGGUGUGACAGUGUUGAGGUCUUAUGAAACGAUGACAGCUACAGCUAGAAGACAACCUGAGGGCUCUCUGGUGUACAUACUAGACCAAACAGAUCUCUACCUACGAGUCCGAGAUGGAGUUCGUCAAGUCCAGCUUGGGGAGUACAUCGCUUUCCCCAGGGAGGAUGGUAAUGAGGUUGCUGCUGUGGAGCCUCCGCCAGUUGUCCCUUACUUCCAAGACCACCACUCCCACGCGGGCACCUCCACCAACCACUUCAACCAGCCGCAUGAGAGUCCGGCCCAACCACAUGCUGAGCCUGACUAUAAACCUACUUACGUCGAUCCCAGAUACCAGCCUGAUUCGCGGUAUCAGUCAGAACCACGGUAUCCAGAACUAACAGAUCCCAGGUUUCCAAGUUAUACAGACCGGUUAAACUCACCUGAUAACAGAUAUUAUGUUGUGGACUCUCGUUACCCGAUCACCACUCCACGAAGACCACCCCCACGCCAACCCCAGAGUCCAGUCCACCAUCACACUUCAGGGCCAGUGCUCCACCUGAUUGCUCUGAACAGCCCUCAGACCGGCUCCAUGCGGGGCAUCCGCGGUGCAGACUUCCUGUGCUUCACCCAGGCUCAGGCCAUCGGGAUGAAGGGAACUUUCCGGGCCUUCCUGUCCUCCAGACUCCAGGAUCUCCACAGCAUCGUCCGCAAAACUGACAGACAGAAUUUAUCCGUAGUCAACUUGAAGGACGAGGUUCUGUUUGACAGCUGGGAUGACAUCUUCAGCGGCGGCAGAAUGAAGGAAAACGUGUCAAUCUACUCAUUUGAUGGCAAGGACGUUCUUCACGACAACACAUGGCCAGAGAAGAUGGUCUGGCACGGGUCGACUAGCAGAGGCGAGCGGCACGUCGACAGCUUCUGCGAGACGUGGCGCGUGGGCGAACAGGUGCUGACCGGCAUGGCGUCGCCGCUGCAGAGUGGCAGUUUGCUGCAGCAGAGCUCCAGCAGCUGCUUCAGCUCCAACGUCGUGCUGUGCAUCGAGAACAGCGCCGGCCACUCCAGGAGAUAGACACGGACACAGUUUUUGUCCACACACAAACACGCACACACUAUGAUGUGCCUUUGUAAAUAUGAAUUUUCUAAAGAAUAAUUAGUUUAUGUAUGUUAACUCCUACUCUAUGGUGCUACACAGGAUUACCCACGCAAGUUAAGCUCAGGUGACCUACUGUAACUGUCUCUGGCAGCCAUGUUGGUGCAGCUUCUCUGUCAUUUCUUUUGCUGUUUGAAAGUUGCCAGCUAGCAGUAUCUCUAAUAAUCAUAACCACCGCUAGCUUAAGGUUGUGCACCACAGAAGAAGUAGACUGAUAAAUGUAUCAGUGAUAAGUGAAACAGAAGAAUCAGUUUAUAGAAAGAAUUCUGCUCUGUGACAAAAGUCCAUAUCUGGUCUUAUUCUGAAAGGAAAGGCUGCUGUUAAACUGUCAUUUUUCAAUUUCUGUGACCCCUUUGGCAACAUUCAACACCCUGCAGCAGAGAACACAUCGUGACUAGUGUGAUUAGAUUUAUCUCAGAGAGGUUAUACUGUACCACGAGAAACUAUGUCUGAACCACUGCAAUGCUUGUGUUUGUGUCUCUGGGCUGAGAAAAACUGUUAAAAUGGUUUAAAUAAGGUUUUCUGUGCCUUUAACUACACAGCUAGUUUUUAUAUAGAGUGAAAAUGGAUAUCAGACAAACAAAUUAUGAUAAUGUAAUGUUCAGUGUCCAAGAGCAAAGUAAACAUUGAUUAUUUUGUAUGUGAAAUGUGUGUUUUAAGCUUCUUUACACUGAUUUUAUCUGUAACCCACAGUAAUGACUUUUACUUUGCUUCAAGGGAAGAUACUUUCAAAUUGUAUUUUUAGCCAUAACAGAGGGAUAUUUAUUUUUUUUCUAAACUAUGCUUUGCCUAUAAUUUGCAAUGUGAGUCCAGUACAUGCGCAAAGUAAGAAUGAAUUUGUUUGCAGUCACAGGAAGCAAACAAAUCACAUACAUCAUGCCGAGGAUUCAGCCAUAAAUCUGUCAUGUCGUGUCUUUUUGCUGGCUUUUUGCCCACUGCCACUCUAGUGGAGAGGAUUCAUCCUCUUCAUGUGCUAACAGCUUUAACCAAUGCAGUGAAAUGUGCAUUAACUGUUGUGCCUUCUGUCAUGUGACCAACACGCUGAAAUGCUUUGUUUCUCUUAAUAAAUUUGUGUGGAAAAAAGUGCAA